GUGCAAAGAACUUUCACCCCCCAUCCCCCACCCCCACCCCCCCCACUUUUACUUUUACGCCAACCUCAACCCCCCCCCCCCCCCCCCCCCCCUCAAAGAUCUGCCAUCCAAGCUCUGGGUGGAUUUCGCACUCCCUGGGAUCUGAGUCCAGCCACAGGUCAGAGGCACCCUGGGAUUUGUAAACUUCUGACUGAGAUUAACCUGAAGCCUUCAUCUCCAACUGGUAUUACUAGACCUCUCUGAACAGAAGGAUUAAAACAACUGGGUGAGUGGAUCAUGCCAUCAGCUUGAUUGUACUAACCAAUUGCAUGCAUGACUUGGCUGUCAACGGCAAACUGGAAAGUAAAUAAAGUUGUGCAAUAACUUUACAUAUAGCAUUCACUUGGGAUGAAAAUAACUGCACUUGAGAAUUGAACUAAUGGUUGAAGACCUUGAAUCAAUGAGGAAUGCAUUAUUUAUUCAUUUAUGGGAUAUAAAGUGCUUUUGAAGGCAUGGUGAAGUGAUCUUGAAGUUCCUUGAACAUUUUUAGAAUUUGCCCCAUGUCCCAAAGAUGCAGGCAGGCUCUGAGAGAAUGUGCUGACCGCUCCCCUCUGUCCAACUGCACAUUUUAUAUGGUGUGCAAAGCCUGUAAUACCCAGCUGGGGAGGGGAAACCUGAGCGCUGGGGUCCUCAGCUCGUGAUAAUUUUACAGGGGAUUUACAAAGUCCUCCCCCACAAUCCUUCCUCCAAUCCACCCACCUCUCACCCAUCAACAUCUUCAUUUGACUUUUGGGAAGAUUAGAUCAUUCUCUUGACAAUUGUGCCAGUGUGUAUGUGUUUGUAUAUGAGUGUCCAUUGCGUCUCACACAUCUGAUAGUACACUGACGCCACUACUCGUCGCUAAAAGGUCUUGGCUGAAAAUGGUCCUUAAAAAUAGCUCUGGUGGAUUAGGUUACAGUCAGUUGAUGUGAUGCGAAGUUUGCCACUGAGUGGGUCUUAAAGAAGCUGCAGACUCUCAGUAGGUACAGAACAGUAUUGCCCAAAGGAGAAAAAGGGCUCUGUGGGCUCUGUGAGACAUAAACAUGCUAGGUGGUGUGGAGCUUAUACUGUAUCCCAACUGAGAUCUUCCAUAUCUUCAAGCUAAACCUAGCAACCUAGACUAAAGAGUUCCUGUGUCAGAUUUCUACAUAAUGUAAGAAUCUAUGAGUACAGCCAUGUUCAUCAUAUCCAUCAAAUUGGAUCGAUGUGUUUAAUGCAAAUUGGAUUGAUCUGAAAGUCUUGGUCAUUUGUGCUCAUCAGCUCAUCAAGAGGAAUGUGUUUACUGCACCCACUGUAGGCCUAGAGUAUACUCUAUGUGUUAUACCUAUCUAAUGUCUAGAGUUGUCAGACCAAACAAAACUGAAACUUACAGUGGGCUAUAUGUUUUCUCACAGACAGACAUCUGUUGGCUCGGGGAAUGUUAGGGAUCUGAAGCCCCUCUGAACUUGAAAAAUGAGCAGGGUGCAGUCUGCACGUAGUCUGCAUGGCCUCAGAAGUGUGUAUCCCAAUGGGGAUGGUGGUUGGUUGGUCUUUAAAUGGUGCAAUGGUUAGAUAUUAUCACUAGAGGGACUCCAAUCCCCUAUCUCCUCUCUCUGUGCUGCCUUGAACAGAAACACAUUCUUUUCCACAAUUCGUUUUUUUCUGCUAUUGAGUGGCUACAGAGAGACUACCAGUCAAAAGUUUGGACACAUCUACACUUUUUUGGGUACUAUGUGAUUCCAUAUGUGUUAUUUCAUAGUUUUGAUGUCUUCACUAUUAUUCUACAAUGUAGAAAAUAGUCAAAAUGAAUGAGUAGGUGUUAUAAAACUUUUGACUGGUAAUGUAUGUAGUCUCUCUGUAUAUAUACAGUACCAGUCAAAAGUUUGGACACACCUACUCAUUCAAGGGUUUUUCUUUAUGUUUACUAUUUUCUACAUUGUAGAAUAAUAGUGAAGACAUCAAAACUAUGAAAUAACACAAAUGAAAGCUAAGAGUCUAUAUUUUUGAGAAAUUAAGGUAUACAUUUUCCAACCAUUUUCUACCCGAAAUAAGCAAAGGCUUUGAUUUCUGGUUAAAUAGGUGGAAAGGGGUCUAAGAAAACAUUUUUAAAAAAGUCUUAAAAGGUAUUAGGAAUACAUCAAAACACAAUGUUGAAGUAAAGACCCCUGCCAACUAAUAUCUACAUUUAUAUUUAGUUUUGCAGAAAUUAUUUAAUUAUUUAACACUUUUUUGAUUACUACAUGAUUCCAUAUGUGUUAUUUCAUAGUUUUGAUGUCUUCACUAUUAUUUUAUAAUGUAGAAAAUAGUAAAAAUGAGUAGGUGUGUCCAAACCUUUGACUGGUACUAUAUAUAUAUAUAUAUAUAUAUAUAUAUAUAUAUAUAUAUAUAUAUAUAUAUAUAUAUAUAUAUAUACAUAUAUAUAUAUAUAUGUAUGUAUAUAAGCUAAAUCCAGACAUAUUAUACAGUAACUUGGUAUGUUGUGUGACCUUUUCUAACUUCCUGUUUACAUGUGUUCUCAGUCUGCAGUCAUGCCUCAUGGAACACCUGCCCCGCCUAACAAGCGGAAAAAGCCCUCUAAGAUCAUCACUGACCUGUCACAUGUCACUCAAGAUGGUAAGGCACGAACAUGUGAGCUCAUAAACACAAUACAUUGCAUGUACAAAUGUACAUUGCUCACACAUCAUUAAAAAUAUAUAAUAAGGAGAUCUUCCAAACUAUGUAAGAGACCGUACAGUACCAUACAUUAAAUUCUGCUCAGUAACAUUUAUCAAUAUGAGCCCGUGGUAUUAUCAAGAUUAACAUACUGCACUAACUGGUAAACCGAGAGGGCAGGCAGGGGGACACUUGUCAAAGAGGCUCCUCCACAUGGCUGCACUUAACAUGUCCUAAUGACUAGCGCCCUGUCACACACACAAACAUUUAUCUCCUAGAUUUCACAGCACAAAUACGAUCUGUCCUUUACAAUCAUCACAGUAAUGGUUUACACCCUCCCUCUCAGCUGUUAGGAUCCAUACUUCAUAAACCAGCAAUGGCAUAACCAUUUUUUAUGAAAAUGAUGACAGGUGUUUGUCCCCUCCAUCCAUUAAGUGCUCCAGAUCUGCGUGCAAGUAAAUAUAGUAGGCUUCCUUUGACAUCAGUCAAGUGUAAAUGUAUGCUGCCCUUACACUUCAGUUGUGCAGUGCACUUCACACUUUUUGUGUCAAGUGUCCUGAUAGAUAUAGCUAUAAAACCUAAGCAGAAAGCUGUGUUUUAACAGCAGGUUGAUGAUUAUUGAGAUAAAUCUUGUCCUAAAGGCAGAACUGAGCGAUUUCCGCUAGAUGGGCCAGCUGCAAAGUCAUAAUUGGCUAUAUUGUAAAAAGUUAUGAAAACAAAAAUGAGCUUUCUGGUCUUCAUUUAAGGUUAGGGUUAAGCAUUUGGGUUAGAAGUGUGGUCACGGUUAGGGUUAAGCAUUUGGGUUAGAAGUGUGGUUACGGUUAGGGUUAAGCAUUUGGGUUAGAAGUGUGGUUACGGUUAGGGUUAAGCAUUUGGGUUAGAAGUGUGGUUACGGUUAGGGUUAAGCAUUUGGGUUAGAAGUGUGGUUACAGUUAGGGUUAAGCAUUUGGGUUAGAAGUGUGGUUACGGUUAGGGUUAAGCAUUUGGGUUAGAAGUGUGGUUACGGUUAGGGUUAAGCAUUUGGGUUAGAAGUGUGGUUACGGUUAGGGUUAAGCAUUUGGGUUAGAAGUGUGGUUACGGUUAGGGUUAAGCAUUUGGGUUAGAAGUGUGGUCACGGUUAGGGUUAAGCAUUUGGGUUAGAAGUGUGGUCACGGUUAGGGUUAAGCAUUUGGGUUAGAAGUGUGGUUACGGUUAGGGUUAAGCAUUUGGGUUAGAAGUGUGGUUACGGUUAGGGUUAAGCAUUUGGGUUAGAAGUGUGGUUACGGUUAGGGUUAAGCAUUUGGGUUAGAAGUGUGGUUACGGUUAGGGUUAAGCAUUUGGGUUAGAAGUGUGGUUACGGUUAGGGUUAAGCAUUUGGGUUAGAAGUGUGGUUACGGUUAGGGUUAAGCAUUUGGGUUAGAAGUGUGGUUACAGUUAGGGUUAAGCAUUUGGGUUAGAAGUGUGGUUACGGUUAGGGUUAAGCAUUUGGGUUAGAAGUGUGGUUACGGUUAGGGUUAAAGUCCCCAUACAAUCUUUGCCAUUUUAUUUUGAAAUCAUCACUGCAUGUCUAAUAAAUCACUGUGUGUUUAUUUAAUGAAAAUAACUCCAAAAUAUAUUUUGGAUCAUGUAUUUCCCUGAGCCUCCUUUGACCUGUGGAAAAAUUUAAAUUAUUAAAUCCACCAAACUUAAUCAGAGUUAAUGUGUGUUUAUCCAGUGACAAUUCCUACAAUGGAAAAGGGUGGCAAUAACUUCUUAGCAGGAACUAAAAGGAUAAUGUUGAGAGGAUGUGCUUAGUCAAAACAGUGUGGGAUGAAUGUUCUCACAACAAAGUUCUAGGGCCUGGUGGUGUUAUGUAAAUAAUCAGCUGCUAUCUGAACAACCAGUUUUUUUACACACAGAGAACAUUUUACAUUAGAGCAUACCGUAGAUAGAUAGAUAAAGAACAAAGCAAAUAAUGAUUAGGCUACUACAAAAAAAAGUAUAAAAGACACAUAUGCAUCAUAUUAGUAGUAUAGCCUACUGUUACACAGGUAUUGUAUUACUAUACUGUGCUACCGUAGCUUUAGAAUUGUUGUGGAACAUCUUCCCUGUGCAGUGUUAUGGACUUAAGACUCUCUCCCUUCACCCAUACUCUCUGUUUCAACACCCUGUGACUUCUGACCAAUUAAUCAUAAGCACUGAGAACAGAACAAAUUGAGACAACACAGAUAUGAAAACGACUCAGGCCUUACCUCAUAAAGCCGCAGUCAGAGUCAUUCCCAGCCAGGCCCAGACUCGGGGAUGAGAUGUUCUCUGCUCUCACUCCUUCAACAGCCACAUUGUUGAAGAACUGCCAGUUCAUCUUUGGGCAGAGAGAUUUAUGAAUUUUCCACCGUAAUGAUACCAAGAAUCUGAGAGCAUCCCCAUCCUAGGCAACCAUCUGCGCUGAGCGUAAUUUCUACAAAGACGUAGAGAUCACCUCACACCCACACAGAUGUGUUUUAUAGGUGAAAGAUGAUGCACAUAAAGUACUUUAACAUUAAUUCAAACAAUGCUAAGCAAACCGUGAAACCAAUUCAAUCCAAACAGGUAACCGGUAAGAUUCUUUCUGCAUAGUGAGAUACAUUGCUGAGUGUAUUUUUGUGUCACACUGCAGACAUUGUUGAGUCCAAUAAUCCAAGUUUGAACAAUUGCUGAACCAGAAUAAUUAUGUUUUUGAUUUAUCCCGGAAACCUGGUCUACAAGUUUAAUGGAAUAGGGCCUUAUACAGUAUGUUCAUACAGUAUAAUGUAGAGAAACAACAAGAGAAAUGAAUAGACAAUGUGGACAUUUCUCAUCUGCAGAGUAUGAGUCAGAGCCUGAGGCGUCAGAGUUUGACCUGGGGACGAAGAUCAAGAUUCCCAAGGACACCAUGCUGGAGGAGCUCAACCUCUUCACCAACAAGGGCUCCAAGAUGUUCCAGAGGAGGCAGAAGCGUGUGGAGAAGUUCAUAUACGAGAAUAACCCUGACCUCUUCGGCAGUGAGUCUAUGGUAAGAAAAAGGAGGUAAAUCAUCCAAGUCAAAAUUAAAAACUUGAUAUAACAAUAAUAAAUGUUAGUGUUAUAUAUAGUUCAUGUAGAAAUUCUGUCCAAAGAGCUUUAACAUAAAACAAUUGCAGUGAAAAUUGGCAAUGGAUGAGGGAAGGAAGUACUACGCAUGGAUAAAUAGGGAAAUGAUCACAAUGUUGAGGCUAUCAAUGUAUAUUUCAACAACCACCCAGGUUGGAAGCUUGUCUUACUUGUGUGUUUCAUUUCAGGAGAACUUCCAGAAGUUGGUCCCCAGCCUGGGUGGCACAAUGAUGUUGGAUGCUAGUGGCCACAUGGUGGAGAAGAAGGCAGGCCCUCCUGUGCCCCCUCCCAAACCAGGCAAAGAUGGGCAUGGUCAUGGUCAUGGGCAUGGUCAUGAUCAUGAACAUGGACAUGAGCAUGGACACCAUGGACAUGUACAUCAUGAUGAUGUUGCUCCAGGAGAACAUGGUCAUGGUCAGUCUCCGCUCAUAUCAACUCAAGAGAUUAGAAAAAGUGAUUUUGGAAUUAAUGGACCUGCAGUGCAAUUAAUAUAUCAUAUUUUGCCUGAUUUGACUUUUCCUGGAGAUUUAUUCCAAAGAGGCUUAAAUAACAUGUGAUAUAAAAUCUGUUUUCCUGACUCACUGUUUUCUUCCUACAGGUAGUCAUGGAGUAGAGGUUGCCUUAGACAAGGCCAAGAAGAGGCAUGAUUAUGUUCCCUCAUACAUAUCACCAUGGGAAAAGGCCAUGAAGGGCAACCAGGAGCUGACAUCCAGCAUGAGAUAUCAUAUGCCAGGCCCCCAUGCCCACCAUGAUCUGCCCAAGUUCAAGUCCUUCAACAGGUACAGUCCCCUCUAUGCUUUGCCUGGUCAACUCGAUAGCAUUAAAAAAAAGUAUUUAUUUGAAAUGAAUAUGAAGUAAUGGAGCCCACCCAUUUACUCUUAAACUCAGACACAUAUAUUGUCCAUCCAUGUAUGUGUAGCACAUGUACAGAAGUUAUCGUAGGAGAUUCAUUUAAUUGAUUUGCCUCAUCUUCUUGUGUUGCCCAUCACUUUAUCUGUCUUAGGAGUGCUACACCCUUUGGGGGCUUUGAUAAGGCCUCUCAGCUCAUGACCUUCCAGCUGCCAGACACCCAUGAGGUGGCCAAUGAGGAGCCUGAACUGGCUGUGGUAUACCAGCAUGAGAUUGGUGCUCGACCCUCCUUCAACCGCACUCCUAUAGGCUGGGUGGGGAGCGGUGAGCCCAGCAGCAUCCCCAUUGAGUUGGACGCCAUGCCCUUCGAUGGGGAGACUGACGACCUGUGAACAGCAUGCCCCACAGACCCAGAUGUGCAGAUAAAGACCACACACAAAUAUAUACAAUUACAUAAACAAAAGCCAUAACUUUUUUUGAAAUGUUUGUGAUCGAGUCAGCUUUUCCUUGGGUUGAAUUCAUUAAUAGAAAAGUGUCUAUGAAACGAACUACGUAGCUCAAUAUUGGGUUCUUUAAUUUGG